AUGGCCACCACCAUGACCGCCACCAUGAUCACCACCAUGACCGCCUCCAUGACCACCUCCAUGACCACCUCCAUGAUCACCGUCACCACCACCACCACCACGCGCUUCACCCGCAACAACCACGCUGCGGACCUAGCCUGGAUGGCCGAGAUUGAGACCAUUCUCAACCUCAUCGACGAGACCGACAUGCGUGACGACCGUGACGAGACAAGCUCAGUCAUCUCCAUGGACGAGUACAGCGACAAACCCAAAUCCAAGACCAGCACCCCCGUCUCCGUCCCCAGCCCCAAGCAGUACCAUCUCGCUAGGGCCCCUCUUACCACGGCUACCACUGCUGCAUGA